AUGAAUACCUCGUACAAGGAGACUCUCGCUAACCUUCAGGCAGAGCUCGAAUCUCAAACGUCAAAACUUCUCAGUCUCGACUCCAAAUUCGAGGUAGAGAAAAUCAAAUAUGCAAAAGAUCUCAAGAACAAGGAAGACUUGAACGAGCUUUUGAGAGUACAAACAGAGCAGAGAGCGGAACAUAUACAACAGUUGGAACGCUACGUUGAGGAAGUACUGUCGUCGCUCACUGGUAAAGUCAAUGAUUUGGAAUCUAGCUUGUCUCAGAAAAUUGACAAAAUUGCUGAGUUGGAAGAGAAACUUAAACGUACGGAAGAGGUGUUGGAUGCCGAACUACACAAGGGUACCGAGUUGCCCAAACUCUCGCAAACCGCAGAGCUCAUUGCUGGUGAAGGAAUUUCACUUUCUUCUCUUUAUGUGGAAUUCAACCAGCUUAAGAAGCAGUUAGUUUUCGAAAAAUCUCAAAAAGCUAAACUCGCAAGUCAACUUGAGUCCUUUGUGAGAGAAUUAGAGGAGAAAAAGCCAGUCAUCGCCAGUUACCAGGAACAAAUUCAAUUCUACGAGUCUUCACUUAAGGACAUGAUUGGAAAGGUAGAAGUGGUCCGACUCGAAAAAGCUGAAGCUGACAAGGAAAUUCGAAGACUUAAAUCUACACUCACAGACCAUGAGAAUAGUCUUGUCUCUAGCAAGAAACUUUGUCGUGAUUUGGGAACUCAAUUGUGCUAUUAUCUCAUUCAUCUGAGAAUUCGCGAUAACGACGAGGAGCCAUUGAGUCUGGCUGAGCGGAAGGCAAUAGACAAUAUCUUGGAAAGAAGCGGAAACAAAGAAGCGAAGUAUGAAACUGAUACCGAUAUGCUCAUUUCAUCUCGUCUUGUUGAAUUUGGCAGCAUUGUUGAGUUACAACAAAAGAACGAGAAUCUCUUGAAGGUUGUACGUGAACUUGGAAAGAAGCUCGAGGCAAAAGAUCAAGAGCAUAACGAGCAACUUGAAUCUGCAGCAAUUGAAGAAGCCAAGGAGGCUAUUAUUACCCUUGAAGGAGAAAUCGAUAGUCUUCACAUUAAACUUAACGCUGUUACCAAAGAACGAGACCAGCUCAGAACUAUUGAGCGUACUAAUCCUUCAGGAUCAUCUUCUGAAGUGAGGUACCUCAAUGAAGUUUGUGAUGAUCUUCGCAAACGUUUGUCUCAGAGCGAGAAGAAUUUACGCGAAGCUCAAGAAUCCAGCGCUCAAAGAAUCAAUGAACUUAACACUAGAUUAAAUGAAGAGGCUACACAAAGAGGUGAACUAUUGAUCAAGGUGAACACUCAGGUCCAUGCCGUCGAAAUGGCUGAGGUUCGUUAUUCAAAUCUGCAAAAGCUGCUCAAAAACUGCAAAGAAGAAUUGAAACAACUCAAGAGUGACAUAGCAUUCUGGAAGGAACAAGCCUCCAAACAAGAAGCAUUAUUGAUUCGCAAAGCCAAUGAGUUGAGCGAUGCCACUUCGGAAUUAUCCAAAAAUCAGGCUAUAAUUAACGGCCUCCGUACUGAAAAAGACAUGGCUAUAUCACUCCAGGGCUCGUUGCGUGAUGAGGUUGCAAGUCUUCGGUCAGACAAAUCUAACUUGAGUCUGUUUGUGUCCAAUUUGCAAUCACUCUUGAAAGAGAGAGAGGCUUCUAAUGCUGAAAUAUCAUCCAGACUCAACCAAGCGGUUGAGAACUACCAAUCAUUACAGGAGCGGUUGUCGGAGCGUGACGAUAAAAUCACCAUGUUGACAACUCAGGCCGAACUUGAGUUGAAGUCUCAGUAUAUCAAAUUGGAACAGGUUAGUGAUUUGAGCCAAAAGUUGGCUGAGGCUAGAAGUAGCCUCGCUGAGAAAACUGCUUUGGUUGAAAAAUUGAGGUCCCAAACUUCCAAUCAUGAGAGUUCGUUUCAAAAUGCUUUACUGCAAGCUCAGGUUGCUAGCACAAAUGGAGAUGCUGAUGAGUCUCGUUUUGAAGCACUCAGACUCGCCGAACAACAGGUUCAAGAAUUUUCAUCUAUUGCAAAUAAUGCUGAAAAGGCUCUUAUGGAUGCCACCGCUUCCUUUGAGCAAUUCAAGACAGACCACGAACAUAAGGUCACGGAGUUGAACGAUAUGCGUUCACAACAGCAGAAAGAAAUUGAACGGUUGAGCAAUGAAAUACAGUCUGCGAAUGAAGAGCGCUCUAAGAUGACUUCCCAGCAUAUGGAUGAAGUCCAAAGCUUGAAUUCUAAGCUUCUGGAAGCUAUCGUGAAAGCCAAUUCAUUUGAUACAAUGAAGCAAGAUUAUGAAACCAGGCUUCUAUCUCUUAGAGCUGAUUUGGAAACCCAAGAGGCUCGCAAUGCAGACCUCGAAAGACGGUUGAAAGACACUGCUGAUUCCAAGGAAUCUCUUGAGAAGGAGAUAUCCAGUCUUCGCGAUCAGGUUAAUUCCUUGAAUGAAGAGCUUUCUAAUGCUAAGAUUGCAUUGGAAGAUCAUAACAAUGAGCUCUCCAAUACGGCAGAACAACGGGCAGUUGCGCUUCGCAAUCUUCAGGAAAGCUUUGAUGAUUUGAGAAGCAAGCUUUCAUCGGCUGAAGAACAGAAUGCCAUUCUACUUAACCAGCUCGAACUUAAUGCUGAUAAUUCAAAGUCCAGCCCCGACCAAGCUGAUAACCAGGAUCUUUCGAGUGUGGUAAGAUAUUUGCGUCAUGAAAAAGAAAGCGCCGAAGCCAAGGUUGUAACGUUGACUGAACAGGUGAACACUCUUCGUCUGAAAUUGGAGCAUACAAACCUCGAAUUAGAGGCAAGAAACUCUGAACUUUUGAGGAGCCAGAAGGCAACGAUUGAACUUGAUUCCACCAACCAAGAGCAUCUGAAAGUUUUGGAGCAGCUCGAGCAACUCAACAUUUUACGUGAGAGCAAUACGACCUUGAGAAAUGAGAAUCGCAUUCAAGCCAAGCGGCUUUCAGAGUUGGAGCAACAGCUUAAUGAUGUUUCAAAUUCUUUGGCUACAAUUCAAGUUUCGCUGACACAAGAUGCUGAGAAAGAUGACGAAAAAGACCAAAAGAUACGUUUGUUGGAGGAAGAAAAUGCUCGAAUCAAGGCAAACAUGUCUCAGACUUCUACGGCAGACAAUUCGGAGGAGGUUGAGGCGUUGAAGAAACGAUUCACAAAUCUCAAAAACGAGUUUCAAAACAAGCUUCUGGUUCAUCGUGGAAAGACGAAAGAGCUCGAGAAGGUGGUGGAGAACUUGCGAUCCGAGUUGAAAUCGAAUAAGAAAAUGCUUGAAGAUGAAAAGAAGUCAAGACAAGAAGUGGUCGACAAACAACCAAACAACGAAGAAGGUGAACAGAAGUUGAAGGCUUUAAGAGACGAAUCUGAGAAGCGCAUCAAGGAGUUGGAACUGGAAAAAGUAAAGCUUGAAGCACAGCUCCAGGUGCUUCAAAAAUCAGGAGCAUCCAACGUUUCUGUUUCAGACGAGGUGGAGAAGGUUCGUGGACAAUUGGAGAAGGAAAAGGCAGAGGUUGAGAAAUCGUUCUCUGAGAAGCUCAAACUGGCUGAAGAGCAAAUUGAGGCCUUGAAACGAGACUCUUCAAACUCCAAUGUGGAACAGCUACUUGCACAAGAAGCAGAGAAGCAGAAUAAGAAAUUGGAGGAAGCAUUGCAGUCAAGAAAGCAAGAGCUUGAGAAGCAAUUUGACGAAAGAUUGCAGACCGAGAUUGAGUCUCGUCAACAAAACAUUAGUGGAGGUGAUUCAAGCAGCGAGGAAUUGGUCAAAAAGUACGAGAGUCAAAUCGAAGAAUUGAAGCAAGACUUUGAAAAGAGAUUGACAACUGAGAUCGAGGACAUUAAGAAGAAAACGGAAAAGAAGUUUGAGAUCAAAGUACGCAUGUUGAACAAGAAAAUUGACAAGUUGGAGGGUAAAGCGGGUGAGACCAAAGGACCAUCACCCAGCCCUGGUGCUGCAAAUACCAAGCCUGAAGAUCUGACGAAAUCACCCCCAGGACAUCCUUACACUGAGUCCACCCUCACAGUUCACCGUCCACAAGUUGAUAGAGGGCAAGAUAAGAAGAAUGAUAAGGGCAACGACAAGGGAAAAAAGCGGCCAUUUCCCAACAAGAACCAACCUAAUAAGAAGCCCAAGGAAUAA